AUGUCACUGAAACAAUCCGUUCUGUCUCAGUUUGAUUUUCGGAUUCCGAGGAUGAGCCGGACGACGAAGCCGAGGAACGCCUCAGAUAAAGAUGUCUCAGACGCUACUCUCCCGGAGAGACAAAAGAGAGAUGCUUUCUAUCAGUCAAAAGGGGAUAGCGCCCCCCGCCAUGCUCCCACGGCCCGCUUACCGAGGAAUAGAAAGGGAGGACCGGGGGGUCCAGAGCAAGUAGGGUUGGGGUAUAGAGCCGUAAGCGCGGUGGGGUGUGAGAGAGGACGUGCUCGUACGGUUCAUAGAAGGUAUGCCUUUCUAGGAGCAUUACGAUCUGCAGCUCAAAUGGUCUCUUAUGAAGUCUCUAUUGGUCUUAUUCUUAUUACUGUACUAAUAUGUGUAGGUCCCCGUAAUUCGAGUGAGAUUGUCAUGGCGCAAAAGCAGAUAUGGUCUGGUAUUCCCCUGUUCCAUGAAUUGGUUAUGUUCUUUAUUUCUCGUCUAGCAGAAACUAAUCGAGCUCCGUUUGAUCACCCAGAAGCGGAAGCUGAAUCAGUUGCAGGCUAUAAUGUAGAAUAUGCGCGGGAUGCGAUCCUUAAUAGUCCACUGUUGGCGGAAGCCAAUGUCCCGGGGUCCCGGGUACUCAUUCUGACUGAAACUAGGGGUGGGUCUUUACCAACUCAAAAAUAUUCGAUUUUUGGGAAGACAAAAAACGUGAUCGGCACUCUUCAUUCUUCAUUCGAAACUUUUGAAUGUCGGGUCGGAGUGGGAUCUGUAAGGUUGGUUAUAGUCAGGCCUGGCCGGAAAGUGUUCUUGCCUCUAUCAUUAGCUCGGGUAGCCCCUGUUUCUGGUUUUUUAGUCACCUUCCAAUGGCUCUUUUCCCAAUCACAUCCCCAAAGACAGAAGGAAAGACAAAGAUUACCAUUAGGCGAAAGCAGGUCCACAAGGUGAAGACUCUCUAUCGUCAGAUCGUUGGCAGUCUAGUUCUGCUUUCUUUUGAAUCGAAGUUUAAGGCAUUCAGACAUGGGAUUUGUUAAGUGCAUUCAGCAUCAGUAUCUGCUUUCUUUCCUGGUGUAAUUGAAGAGAAGAUGUAGACAAAACUUACUUAAUUCAAUUCAAACCCUGUGCGAAGGAACUCAGGAAUCACUUCCCCUUCAUUGAAAACAACAUAAAAAGGAGUGUUCUAAGGCCAAUAGACAGAAAGUGAGUGCUUGAUGUAGCAUAUCUGCUGUUCACUAUCAACCAUAGGCGUUCCUCGAGCAAGGCUCGAUGGAAUUGAGGUUCGAUGUAAUUGACCCGCCUUAUGUUGGACUUCCCAACUUACCUAGCGGAAGAAAAGGGGUUCCUCCUAACCCUUUUCGCCGAGUCCGAGUAUUCCUAUUCUAAUUAGCCGGCUACCUUCGCUCAGAGCAGCAUUUCCAAUCCUUUUAUGCGAUCCGAUCUUGGUAUGCCCUUUCCCUGGUUUCGGCUUAUUCUGUUGAGGUGGGAAAGAAAGAUAAGAUAAUUAUUAGUUGCCAACCAAUCUUAUUCCCCAGAUAGCCUUAUAGCCUCUUCCCCGGGAAUGGAAGUUCAUGACAUCACUCCAACUCUGAACCUUAACGACGACGUCAACCCCGAGGAACGCCAAUUACUCGACUAAUAGGAGAGGAACGCCUGGCUUGCUCAUGAACAACAAUUCCCAUUAAACAACAAUUGUUUGGUGAGCCUGCGGAGUAUUUGCUAGUUGGUCAGCAAAGGAACGAAGGGGAAGAGCUGCACUUGCUCAACAUUCGGAGAGACCACUCCGUUCCUCGGACAGUCUCAUGCUUAACACAACAGGAACUCGGCUCGCACAACUCCGUUCCUUGCUCAUCCAACAAUGUUCCCAGACGACACAAAGAAAUAGAUAGUUGUCUGAUGAGCAGACCUAGAAGGAUUAGCGAAAGGAAAGACAAAGGAAAGCAGACACGGCAAACGCAACGGUCGGGAGGGAGGAGAAGACUCGAAGAAACCUUGGGGACUUCUAGAUACUUCCUCCAAUAAACGCACAAACAAAUAGUACUUCGCCUACGGAACUAGCGGGCCUACUUCAGCUACAAGUGCGAGGGGGGGGCAGCAAUGGUUCCCUCCACACAUCAGAAGGAUACACCAGUCACAACUUCAGGGAUAGAUGCACAUCACACCUCAGAAGCAACGCUUCGCUCUCUUACCGGGACUCCUCAUGCAACUCAUUCCCAGUAAACAACAGUAGGAAGAGCUAUUCUAUACCGAAACAGCCAGCAGCAGGAAGGAGUGGGCGGGCCCUAGCUUCACUUGCUAAACGGGAAAGCACAGCUAGCCAUAGGAAUCAGGCAGAUGCCCCAACUCCUAACUUCUCGCUGACAAACCAUUCCCAAUAAGAACAAAGAAGAGGGAUUCUAUCAUGGCAGGAAUGCACGCACAAGCAAACACAGCCCAUGUAUCAGCAGGGGUUCCUCCGCUUCGCUCACUUAACUAAUACCUUCAUGACAAUAUAAACAACAGAAGAGGGGGUUAUUUACGGGCUUACGCCCUUGCACAGAAUGACAGGACAAGCAACAGAGCAACAGGAGCCGGGAACUCGUUCUCCAACUUCGCUCACGCGGGAGAACUCCCUCCCUACAACUUCGAAGAAACAAUCCAUGCACUUCCUUUUUUCAUCCUCAGCGGGAUGGGACUGACCGCCUCGGAAAUAGAUACAACUGCUUGGUGAUCCUCGGGGGCGGGCAUAAGCAGCAUGAAUUCUUUCGCCCGCGCGUACAUAUUCUAUUGAGCGUAUACGAUCAUUGAGCCGGUCACCGGUGGCUUCCUCACUUGUGAUGUGAAGCUGCUUUCCAUUUCUCAUUUUUGAGGAUAUCGAGAUUCUCUUAAGAGAAAGGGUAGCCUUUUGUCACGAGCUGGACUCGAACCAGCGCGUCUGGCAAAAAGACCAUCCAGAUUUCAACCUUAGACUGAUCGUGACUUUGGUUACUCGGUUCCCCACGCGAACCCCACACGCCAUGGGUACGUCCGAGGUAGAUUAACUACGAACUUUUUUCAAAAAAAAGUUUGAUAUCUUUUCCUCACUUACUAGCAAAGAACUGGAUAAGGAUUCGUCCUUGGCUGCCUACGUACCACUUUGGGAAUCAAGUAAAUCGUAGUUCUCUUACUUACUGUCUUCUUUCUAAGUCUUACUUUCUUCUGACAGCUUACGAUGCAAGACACAUUUCCAAGUAUUCAUCGAGGGGAAGGCGCCAAAUAGCUUCUAGUUAGGCCUUCCGUCCGUUUCGAAAAAGCUGGGCUAAUCCUAAAGCGGAAGGAUAAAAUGGGAUAUAAUAGAAAAACGGAUAAU